AUGGCGGGGCGGAAUGCAAUAGAAUGGGCCGAAGCCGGUGUCUCUGAGUCUACAGGCCUCCGGAUCUCUGAGUCUGUGAGAGACAUGUGGUCGUGGGCAUCGAACGGCGAGGAGCAGGAACUUCCAGGAACCGAAGGAGCUGAAGUCACCGAUUCGGGACCACCUUCCCGCCUUGCCCCAGGAGCUCAAAACUCCAGAGUGCUCGAGUCCACCAUUCGUGCCGAAACCACCGACAGGAUGCACGCGGCAGCAUACGAAUGGCUCGAAGCCUCAUCAGAAGUGAUCAGAUUCAUCAUCAUUGUCCAGGGUCUUCAGGUGAAGAUAAUAUUAAUCAAGUCAAAGGCCCAGCAGGAUCGCUGCCAUCGCAAAGCUGCGCAAUAA